UGACACGCGUAUAAGCAAAUAUUCGACAAAUCUACGUUUCUAUUGGUCAGUUGAAAUUCUAUCAAUAAAUUAACUAGUACAAUGUAAGAUCUGAAAGCGCGAGUAGUAUUCGAUCUGUUAUGAAUAGAAGAAAAAGUAAUUUGAGCUGUCAUAUAGUUUCAUUAAAACAUGAAAAUUACGGAAGUAACAUUGACGGUUAGUUAACUGAUGUGGGAUGGGUUAAAAAGAUGGCGAGCUGUCAUCAGUAGGCAUAUUUUUUGUCUAACAGAAGGAACGUCACAAAUGCUUCGUAAAAAGUAUCAGUCAUUUAAAAGACUGAAAAAUGGAACUCUUUCGCACUGACACACAUUUUAUUUUCGUUAAGGAAAGGCAUAGUUUGUGGUGCGACAAAAUUACUGGCCAAUUUUCUGCUAAAUCUGAUUGGGAAUGGGCGUCUCCAAAAGAUUUAGAAUGUCUUGGAAUGUUUUAUGGAAUAGUAGGAAAAAUAGAGCAACCAUCAGUAUUAGAACCACGCUUGAUGCUUAUAAAAGAAGUUUCAGAAGCCGGAGAAUUAUAUGGAGGUCAUAUAGUACAUAGAAUUAAAUCAAUCGCUUUCUUGCAUAUUGGGACAGAUAACACGGAGAUAGGAUUACUUCCGUGUAAGAAACAUCAACAUUUACCAAAGAAAAAGGGAGUUAGUGGAUUAUUUGAUGUACCGCAGAAAGCUGCAUUCGCUAAAACAUGGGGUACUAUUAAAAGUGCCACAAAUACUAUUAAAAAUACAACGCAGCAAGCUGCCGCUCUUGCAACAUCACAGGUCAAGUCUACAGUAAACAAACGAAGCGGAGUUAAAGAUAAAGAAAAAUUUGAAAGAAGAAUCUUAGAAGAAUUAAAUAAAAUAUUUACAGAGACCGAUUCUUUUUUUUAUUGUGAAACUGGAGAUAUUACCAAUAGUCUUCAACGAUUAUGCGUAGCUGAAACAGAAGAAACUAAAAACAAUCAAUGUAGACCUUUGUGGCAACGAGUAGAUGAUAGAUUUUUUUGGAAUAAACAUAUGUUACAAGAUAUAAUUAAUUUAAAAACAGACAAAGCAGACUGCUGGAUAUUACCAGUCAUUCAAGGAUAUAUUCAAAUAGAAAAAUGCAAAGUUGAAGUAGGCUUCUAUGAUCAACCGCAGCAUGAAAUAUUUAAUUUAGCUAUUAUAUCAAGGAGGAGUAGAUUCCGUGCUGGCACUAGGUAUAAGAGACGUGGUGUUGACGACGAAGGUAAAUGUGCCAAUUAUGUUGAAACCGAGCAAUUGGUUUGGUACCACGAUCAUCAGGUAUCAUUUGUACAAGUUCGAGGAAGUGUACCAGUUUAUUGGUCUCAACCUGGAUAUAAAUAUAAACCACCUCCACGAAUAGAUAAAGAUGAAGCAGAGACACAAGUUACAUUUGAAAAACAUUUUGGUGAAGAACUUGAUUUAUAUGGUCCAAUAUGUAUUGUUAAUUUAGUUGAGCAAACAGGUAAAGAGAAGAUUAUUUGGGAGGCUUAUAGUAAUCAUGUGCUUAAGUACAAUCAUCCUGAUAUUACGUAUACAAGUUUUGAUUUUCACGAAUAUUGCCGUGGUAUGCAUUUUGAAAAUGUUUCUAUCUUGAUUAAUGCACUUGAUACAGUAUUAACAAAUAUGAGUUACUGUUGGCGCGAUAAAGAAGGUACAAUAUGUAUGCAGAAAGGAGUAUUUCGUGUAAACUGCAUUGAUUGUUUAGAUAGAACUAAUGUCGUACAAACAGCUAUUGGCAAAGCUGUAAUGGAAAUGCAAUUUUCAAAACUUGGCUUGAUACCACCUGAUGGAACUUUACCUACAAAUAUUAAACAAACAUUCCAAUUACUUUGGGCUAAUAAUGGUGACAUUAUCAGUAAACAAUAUGCUGGGACAAAUGCUUUAAAGGGAGAUUAUACGAGAACGGGAGAAAGAAAAUUCACUGGAUUAAUGAAAGAUGGCAUGAACUCUGCUAAUAGAUAUUUUCAACAACACUUUAUGGACGACUUACGCCAGGCAGCGAUAGACACUUUGCUAGGAAAUCUAAUCAACGUUGAUCAACUGAAUAACGAUUGGUCACAUUAUUUAGACAUCCUUGAUAACUGCUGCCUUGAACUUAUUCCUACGAAACCACCAAAUAUAGAGCUUCAACUUGCUACACAUCCUGAAUUUCUUUAUGCCACUGCUAUGUAUAAUUUAGCAAGAUAUUAUCUUAAUCGCUUCAAAGAUGUCUAUAGGCAAGCUACGAUUGAUAUGAUGUUAGGAAAUGCAGUUAGCGAAGAAGUAUUUCAAGAACGUACAGAAGAAGAAGAUAAUGCUGCUACUGCAGUUCAUGUUAAAUUAUUAAUUGAAGAUUGUAAAAAAUUAUUGAUACCUGAUCCUGAAGUUAUUCUUGGGAGUUGGGGACUUAUUGACGCUGAUCCUUUAACUGGGGAUCCUACUGAAACCGAAAUGGAUACUAUUCUUAUAUUAACUCGAGAUAGCUAUUAUGUAGCAGAUUAUGACGACCAAAUUGAUAAAGUUACAAACUACCAAAGAGUUCCACUUUCUGAUGUAAUCCUUAUUGAAUUUGGCCAACCAGAAAGUACAGUUUCUAUUUUUAAAAACAAACAUUAUCAUUGUAUUAGAAUUAACUAUAAGAUGGGCGCAGAGUAUGGUUACUUUCACAUGUUCCGCAGUACAAACUUAAGAUUUUUUAACAACAUGGCUGUUGUAAUAAAAACUGUUGAAGAAAGCAUAGAAUCCUUAAAAGCAAUUUGUGAAGCUAUUUCAGUAGCUAUGAAAAUAGCUGACUUACCAGAAAUACCCAUUGCGAUGAAUGUAAUAUUAGAUAAACGAAAGAGCAAAUUAGUUAAUGUUAAAGGUUCUACAGGACUCUUAGAUAUUUCCUCAUUUCCUGAGUUGACAAGAAAUGUAUCUGAAACACAAUUAUUAGCUCUCAAAAGUGCAGGUACAAAAGCACUGAGUAAUAUGUCGGAACAAUUCAGUAAACUUAAUAAAUUAAGCCAUAGCUUUAGCACAAAAAAACCAAUCGACUUAGCUAAAAGUAUAAGAUCAAGAAAAUCUGUAACAUCUUUAAAACCAACUUUUACUGUUGGUAAUAGAGAUAUUUCUGGAAAUGUUAACAAGAAACGUGGUGAUACUAGCAGCAGUAGCGAUGAAGAUGAAAAUAUUCAGAUGACUUGUAUUCGUAGUGAACAAACAAAAAACUAUUCUCAUGACAAAAAUUUAAUGGAAGCUUAUAGUCCAUCAAUUGGAAUCAUAAUGGGCGUUAAAGAUACUGAUAUAGUAAAUAAUAGUAAUCCUGAUAAUUAUUUAGUUCAAACAAAUAUAGAUAAGGAUAAUAUAUUAUCUUCUAACAUUAAAAAAUCUGAAUUUUAUCUAAUGCCACAAAGUGAAUCUGGUAGUUCUCUUAGUGCUUCACCACAAAAAACUACAGCAACGACACCAGAAAUAACUAUUCAAAAUGUAGCAGAUAUUUUAACCGAAGAAAAAGAUAGAUUAAUGCAUCCGACUUCUUUAAGUCUUUCAAAAAAUAUAAGUCAAUCAACAGGAAAAGUAGACAGCAAAACACAUUCAAGCAACUUAAAGAAUAAUACUUUGUUAAUAAUUCAUAAAUUACAAGAUAAACAGAGAUCAACAUCUGAACAAGAUCUAACAUUGAAUAUUACUUCCUCGCAAAGCGAAUCGGCCCUGAAAUCGAUAAAAAGUAGCAUUACAGAUGUCACAAGUCCAGUUGCAGCUACUGCCAAAGAUAUCUUAUCACCUUUUUCAAAAUUUGCUAAAGGUGUACAAACACUUGGAGCCAAUUUAGACCCGAGGAAAUUAAAAUCAGGACAAGUGGGAUUAGCGAGAAAUUUAUCGGAUCAUCAUCUUGAAGAGCGUCAAAAACUUCAAGAAAAAUGGGGUUCUUGCAAAUCUACGUUGAUCGCUUUAUAAAUUAUUACAGCAUAACUGUAAGUACAUUACAUUCAGCAACAUGAUAAUGAUGAUUGUGUACAUAUAAUAAUUGAAAAAGAAAUCCAAAUGGAAUACCAAUUAAAAAAUUCCAU